AUGAAAUCAUCUCUUAUAAUUCUCUUCACACUCGCUGUUUUCUUAUUAGCCUCAUUAUCUGAAGCCAAAGAAUGUAUCCGUGGGUUGAACGCUAAAGAUGCAGAAGACCUUCAAAAGAAAUUUAAAUCAUUCACCAAGAAUACUCCAUGUAAACCUGACGAAACCGCUUGUAUUGGUACGGCAUUUGCCAAAUGUUUCUCUACGGGGACUAAAAAUGAAUGGUCUAUUCAACCAUGUGCGGGCGGUUUAAAAUGUGCAGUUCUUCCAUUGGUAUUGAAACGCGGUACUUCAAUCACUUGUGAUACUGAAGAAGAUCGAGUAGCUCGUAUUAAAGAUGCUAAGGAUUCUUGCAAACCAAAGAAAAGAGGAUAUCCCCCAUCUUUAUAUUAG